AUGGCUACUAUCAACGUUAGACGUGAUGUCAAGGACUCUUUUUACCGUUAUAAGAUGCCUCGUUUAAGCGCCAAGGUUGAAGGCAAGGGUAAUGGUAUCAAAACUGUUAUCACCAAUAUGACCGAGAUUGCUCGUGCUUUGUCUCGUCCUCCUUCAUAUCCUACAAAAUACUUUGGUUGUGAACUUGGUGCCCAAGUCAAAUGUGACGAUAAAAAUGAACGUUAUAUUGUCAACGGCGACCAUGACGCUGCUAAGCUUCAAGAUACUUUGGAUGGCUUCAUUAACAAAUUUGUUUUAUGCCAUUCUUGUAAGAACCCUGAAACUGAUUUUAUUAUCAAAGAUAAUGAAAUUCAAAUGGAUUGCAAAGCUUGUGGUGCAAGAAAUACUGCUGAUAUGCGCCAUAAAUUAGCUGCUUUCAUUUUGAAGAACCCUCCUUCCGUCGCCUCUAAGAAUGUUCGCAAGCAACGCAAAGCUGCUACCGCUCAAGCUAAUAACAUCGGUGAAGAUGCUGAUGUUGAUAAUGCUUCUCCUGGUGAUGACGAUGCUGAUGGCGAAGAUGACGAUAUUAUUUCUCAACGUAUACAAAAGCAAGCCGCUGGCCUUAAUAUGGAAAGUAAGUUGGCUUUGGAAGAUUGGUCUGAGGAUACCAGCGAAGCUGCUGUUGCUCAACGUAUGAAGGAACUCUCGGUCAAGGGUGCUGGUGCUUUUACAGGUGACGAUGAUGAAGAAGAAGGCGGUGAGAAUAAGUACGAAGCAUUUGGUAACUGGCUUUUGGAAAACAAGACCUCCACAGAUGAUGCUAUAAUUGAAAAGGCCCGUGAAUUAGGUGUUCUCGGUAAAUACAAGGCCUGUCAAGUUUUGGCCCAAGGUCUCUUCGAUGAAAAUGUCGUUUCUCAAAUUCCCAAGCGCGGAAACUUACUUGAAAAGUUUGUUGCCGAUGAAAAGUGUCAAAAAGCUAUCUUAGGCGGUAUCGAACGCCUGGUUGGUAAUGACUAUAAGGAUGCUUUAUUGAAGAAGGUCCCUACUAUUCUGAUGAAGCUUUAUGAUUUGGAUAUUAUUGAAGAUGAAGUGUACCUCAAAUGGGGUGAAAAGCCGUCUAAGCGUUAUGUCGAGCGCGAUAUUUCCAAAGAAAUCAAAAAAGCCGCAGCUCCAUUUUUAGAUUGGGUUGAAAAUGCAGAAGAAGAAUCCUCAGAGGAAGAAUCUGAUUAA